AUGGCUAGUAAGAAAGGUGUGGCUCCAACACACCUUCUCUUUGCGGAUGAUAUUCUUGAUUUCUGCAAAGGUAAUCUUCAUAGUUUGCAAAAUUUGAAGACUAUGCUUAAUGUCUAUGAGAAGGCUUCAGGCCAGUGCGUAAAUUAUGCAAAAAGAAAAUUUUAUUAUGGUGGUGCCACUUAUUCUCGGAGUAUUGCUAUUGCUAAUUAUUUGGGCAUGGAAAGAUCUUUAUUUUCGGAUAAAUAUCUGGGAAUUCAAUCAAAGCCUGGAAUUGUGCGGCACAUUCAUGUCAGGCAGGUGGUUGAAAAGAUUAUGGACAAGUUGGCUGGUUGGAAGGGUAAACUCUUAUCUUUUCAAGCUAGACUGGUUUUGAUCAGAACGGUGAUUGCUAGUUAUGUUAUUCACUCUAUGGUUGUUUAUAAAUGGCCUUGCAAUAUCAUUAAACAGGUUGAGAGGGCUAUUAGGAAUUUUCUUUGGUCGGGUGAUGCGGAGAAGCGUAAGUUUUUUACGGUUUUAUAUGACAACUUGUGUUGUUCAAGACGUGAAGGUGUCCUGGGCCUUAGAAGAUUGAUUGAUGUUAACAAGGCUUUUCUUAUGAAGUUAUGGAUUUCAAUUCGUGAUUCGGACAAGACUUGGGCCAGAUUUUUGAGGGCGAAGUAUUUCAAAUUGAAUGGAGUUUUGAUUGAUUACAAACUUGGUUCUACGGUUUUUCUUGGAAUCAGGUGGGUUUAUGAUUUUGUGCAGCAACACACUAGGUCAAUUAUAGGUGAUAGCGCUAAUACUUCCUUAUUCUUUGAUAAUUGGCUUGGUGAUUUUUCGAUUGCGAAGAGAUUAGGUAUUACUUCCAAAGGCCCUAAUGAAUUUAAGGCUAAGGAUUUAGAUAGCAAAGGAGUCUUCUCAGUUAAAUCUGCAAAGGAUGCCAUUAGAGAGAAUGCAGAAACUCUGCCAGUUGCAACUUUGUUUUCUCGGCCAAUUGUGCACCCUACUCUAAGUGUUCAACAUUGGAAGGUCUGGGCAAAGAAGUGUUGUGCUAGUGAUGAUAACGUCAUUAACAAGAUUGGAGGGUGGUUUCCUUCAAUGUUCCGUUUGUGUAGACGGGAUUGCGAAACUCUUAGCCAUAUUACUUGGAAGUGCAGAUUUGCCAAGAGAAUUUGGGCUUGGGCGACGCGUAGUUUUAAUCUGCAACCAAGAGAAGAUUUGGUGGCUUCGUAUAAGGCUGCUAAAGGGUGCAGCAGGAUGAUUAAGGAUCUGUGGUUGGUUGCUAAUCUUGCAAUCACUACGGAGUUAUAG